AAAUGAUUGCACCUGUGGGCACAAAAUGCUGACGGAAGGAUGAGAUAGAGGUUUAUUAUGCGUCUUACUUUUAAGCAGCACUAAAACAUUUACUUGACAGAUGGCCAGUGGACAGCUGUCGAGGGCAGAGGCAUUGGCAUGCAAAGGCUGCAGGCAUGCCUGUCAUGUGAUGCUCUACUGUGACACCAAAACUCAGCUGUUUGGGAAAAUUCCCCUCAGACAUAUCAUAUUGAUGCAGAUGCGCUUUGACGGUCUGCUGGGUUUCCCUGGAGGGCUUGUUAACCCAUCAAAGGAGACCCUAGAGGAGGGACUUGGCAGGGAGUUGCUGGAGGAGCUGGGUGUGGCCGUCCCCAUUUCGGUGGAGGAUCAUGUGGACUCCCGCUACGCCCCGACUCCCUUACCAUCCUCUGCUCCUCUCAUCGCUCACUUCUAUGUGAAGAAGAUGGAGGAGGAACAGAUUAUAGAGGUGGAGAGAGCGGCAGUAACCACGGCUACAGAUUACGGACAGGAGGUUCUGGGAAUGGUCCGAGUCCCGCUCUACUCCAUCAGAGGCAGCGCAGGCCUGGCGUGUUUCCUGUCGCACUCGUUCAUUGGCCAUGCCCGCUCUCAGCUGGUGGACUCUCUCCUGCGCUUCGGCCUGGUUACCCCGGACCUUUUACACAAAGCGCUCAGACAUUCUCUAGAGACGCACAAAGACAAUGCGAAGGACCUGCGGGCAGCCCUUGAACUCACUAAAGCAAAAGGGAAACAGCCUUGAAGCACCUGCACACGUAUAAGAACGUCCUGUUGAGCCUACGUAACGCUUGGCUAUCACUAACACAAUUCUUCCAUAACACACUUAAUCCCCCAGAUACACACACUCGCAUGCUGACUCUGAGCCUGUGACUCAUAAUUGCCUACUGUGCAUCAAACAGUUGAGAGAAAACCUCAUCAGCUGCGUUACCAUUAAUGGCAAUAAUAAAAUAAAAUCAUUUUCUCUGUA